AAGUACACACGAGUACAUUCUACACACACAUUUAUGUACAUCACCUUUCUUUAGUGUUAUCUACUGCACACUCGAGUAUUAAUCCCUAUCUCUCUAGCAUCUGCCUCCAUCACCAUCAUCCAUACCUUCGUUGCAACUCAAAAGCAGAAGCAAAAGGAGGCAAAAAACCAGCAACUUUAAGUUGCCAUGUAAGACCUAUUCGAGUUUAGUCUUUGCACUGUGGCGCAUCCAGUCGUUUGCAGCAAGCGAGAUGUCGGCAAAUUACUGGCUAACCAUUCUGGCUGCAGUAUUUUGCACACAGUUCUUUAUAUCUACCGGCGUUCAAGCUGCACAGCCCGCCAAUCAAGAUUUGCAAACUUUUAUCGCUCGUGUCGAACGUCUGGUGCUCGAUACCACCGAUCGCGCGCUGAUUAUCACCCGAAAUGUUUAUCUGCACAUCAGCAAGGAGAUGCCGCCAACGCUGCUGCAAGCUGCCAACGAAACUCUGCAAACCUAUAUUUGGCAGGUGAAUGAAGCAUUGAGUGGCGGCGGCACGUCAAAUACCAACUUCACCACCAAACGCAAAUUGCUGCGACAAUUCAAGUUGAACAAUCUACAAAUUGAAAUGCUGCGCCGCCAAUUGACUCCGCUGCAACCGGAAUUCAAGUUUCAACUGAUUUCCGAUGAAUUUUCCAUUUCCCAAAAGAAUGUUACCGAAUUUGAUAAUUUGUAUUUGCGGUUCAUGAGCGAAUUUGCGGCUGCUUCCCAACAGCUGUGGGAUACACUGUCCGAGCCUACUGUGGAGGAGCAGCAGGAGCUGCUGGAAUUGCUGGAUGAGAUUUCAAAAGAGCAGCAGCUACGCGAGAAGGAUAAAUUAUAUGAUGAAUUUAUUGCCAUGUUUCUAUUUAAAAUCGAAGAGAAUGAACUGGAGGCUAAGGAGUUGUACUGAAGUUCAAUAAACCAACUUAAACAAUU